GCUCGCAGCAGCGAAACUGAACGGUAGCGAAGGAAACCUCAACACCAUCAACAUCUCAGCAUAAUUAUGGCUCAGGCCCUGGAUAUUGAACGGUGGGAUCUGGAGUGUCAGUUCAACAACACGGACCACCGCACCGACCUGAACGGGGUGGAUCGCCUGAUCGUCCGUAGAGGCCAGCCAUUCACCAUCAGCCUGCACCUGCGUUCUGGGACCUUCGUACCCGGGGUCAGCAACUUCAGCCUCAUCGUUGAAACAGGGCCGUGUUCCUCUGAGGCGACAGGCACCAGGGCUACCUUCGGGCUGAGCGGGUCCAUAGAUGAGACCCGCUGGAGCGCGUCGCCGUCCUGCUCUGAUGGGGGCACUGUUUCUCUGUCCAUCUGCUCUCCCCCCAACGCACCUAUUGGCCGCUACUCUCUAACCCUGGACCAGGGAUCCAGGCUCAACCUGGGAGAGUUUGUUCUGCUCUUCAACCCCUGGUGCCCGAGAGAUUCAGUGUACAUGGACAGUGAUGAGAAGCUCAAGGAGUAUGUUUUGUCUCAAGACGGGAUCAUCUAUCGAGGCAGCUAUAAAUUUCCAAUAGCCACUCCAUGGAAUUUUGGACAGUUUGAAUAUGGAAUUCUGGACGCGUGUCUCAGGAUUUUGGACGAGAACCCCAAAUUUCACCGCAGUCCGGAGCAAGACUGUGCAGGGAGACAGAGCCCUGUGUAUGUUUCCAGGGUGCUGAGUGCAAUGAUCAACUGUAACGACGACAAAGGGGUUCUGCUUGGAAGGUGGGAAAAGGACUCGACCGAUGGUUACGUGGGCGGGGUGAGUCCCAUGGCGUGGAAAGGCAGCGUGGAGAUCCUUCGUGGCUGGGACACCACUUCCUGUCAGCCCGUGCGCUACGGCCAGUGCUGGGUCUUUGCGGCUGUGGCCUGCUCCGUAUCCCGAGCUUUGGGCAUCCCCUGCCGUGUGAUAACCAACUACCUGUCAGCUCACGACACCAACAGCAACCUGGUGAUUGAGCGUUAUGUUGAUGAGAAUGGGCAGCCUGUGCAGAGGUCCAGGGAUAUGAUAUGGAACUAUCACUGCUGGGUGGAGAGCUGGAUGACACGUCCUGAUCUCAGCCCUGGCUUCGAUGGCUGGCAGGCCAGUGACCCGACACCACAGGAGAAGAGUGAAGGAGUAUACUGUUGUGGCCCCAUCCCCCUGAAGGCCAUCAGGGAAGGCGAGCUGAUGUUGAAGUAUGACGCGCCGUUCGUCUUCGCCGAGGUGAACGCCGACGUGGUCACCGUCAUGAAGCACAGGGACGGCACAGAGCAAAAGGUCCUGGGCUCCUCGCUGGUGGGACAGCGAAUCAGCACCAAGAGCGUGGGCAGCGACACCCGGGAGGACAUCACGCACCUCUACAAGUACCCUGAGGGUUCCAGUGAGGAAAGGCAGGCCUUUGAAAAAGCCAACCACCAGAACAAGCUGCUUCAACAGGCCAACGAGACGGGCCUUAACAUCAAGAUCAAGACCCCUGAGGCCAUGAAGAAAGGUUGCGACUUCAGCGUGCACGCCAUCAUCUCCAACAGAACGCCUGCCACCAAGAUGUGCCGCCUCAUGUUCUUCUCCAGGGCCGCCUCGUACAACGGCAUUCUGGGAAAUGAAUGUGGCUUCAAAGACCUGCUGAACGUGCAGAUCCCGCCCGGUGAAGACAAGGAUGUUCCUCUCAACAUCAACUACUGCAAAUACGGGGGGAACAUCACAGAAGACAACCUGAUCAAGCUGGCCGCUCUGCUUAUCGACUACAGCAACAAGGAUGCCUUUCUCACAGUGAGGAACAUCGUCCUGGAGGACCCGGAAAUCAAAAUCAGGGUCCUGGGUGAGCCCAAAGUGAACCGCGAGCUGACGGCUGAGAUCACCGUGCAGAACCCUCUGGAAGAGCCUCUGGAGGGAUGCUGCUUCAGCAUGGAGGGGGCCAACCUCACGGGCGGGAAGGUCCUGACACAGACGCUGGGAUCACCAGUGGGACCUAAGCAGGAGGCUAAAGUCAAAGUGAAGUUCACCCCCACUCGCUAUGGGCUCAGGAAGCUGGUGGUGGAUUUUAACAGCAACAAGCUCGGUCACGUCAAGGGCUACAGAAACGUUAUCAUCGGCAAGUAGGGCCCCUCCUUCUUGGGCUCUAUCCUGAAAGCCUCAGGACCCUACAGGCAUCUAUUUUUAUUUGUGCUUUUGCUGUCCUUUCAUACUCAACUGCUUUAACAUACACUUAGACCUUUAAACCUUGUAUAUUCUACAUACAAAUCUGAAGUAUUUUAUUCUAAUCUUCUUCUGUAUUAAAAGCAAGUCUUAAGCACACACGCUAUGACUUGCAGGAGAUGGCCAACAAAAAUGGCCAGAUGUUCAGCACAUGGCUAUUAACAAAAUGUCCUUGUAAUAUGCAUUUAACUGUUGGACAAGUUUCUUCCUGUGAAAGUACACGUUAUUUUUUUACGGAUAACAGCAUUUUCAACACAAAUACAAAGAGAAUUCCAGAACAAACUAAAGUUCUGCAGAAAAGUAUGCAGCACUGAAUGUUUUCAAGUACUUUGUGCAAUCGUGUUUUUUAUACUUUGUUUUUUCAGUGGCAACUAUUCUCGAUUAAAGUGGCUUUGAAUGCUAAAUCCAUUGUACGACUGUGGUGUUAUCUUUCUUAAAUCAUGAAAAUAUGUUUAAAG